CCGUGCAGUAAACCUGCUGCGGGACUGGAAGGACGGACUCAUGUUUCUUACCCACUUGGUAGAGGCGGCCCUCCGGUGAGAAGAUGGUGAUGUGUCGGUCGAAGCCCGCAUUUGAACCGCGCGACAUUGUUUCCAACCGUGACCUCGGGUGAACUUAACAGCAGCUCCUCAAGUGUCUUUACAUCCAGAUCAGUGAUCGAUGAUCCUCUCUUCUUCUUCACGUAGAGUUAGAGGAGAGGAAACAGUGUGUGUUAGCAGCAGCUGAACUAUCAGCAGAGUAAUGGAGCCGUUUCCUCACAAAUUAUCUUACUUUCUCUUUCACUUGUUGUUCUCUGUGUGCGCGCGCGCGUAUGUGUGUACAUAUAUGUCUGUUCCUGUACCUUUGUGAGGACCAUUUUAGGCAUAGACCGCACAGAGUGAGGAAAGUGUUUUGUGAGGACAGUUUUUGUCCUGUCCUCACUUUUUCAAUGGGCAAGGUUCAGACUUCGGAUUUAGGGUUAGAAUUAGGUUUAGGUCAGGGUGAGGCAUUUACUUCGGAUGGUUAAGGUUAGGGUAAGGGGCUAGGGAAAUUGUCAACGAGUGUCCUCACUAAGAUAGAAGUACAAACGUGUGUGUGUGUGUCUGUGUGUGUGUGUGUCUCCCUCUCCUGUUGAAAUAACAGCAAUAAGGAAGUCAAGUGACUCUACCAGUUAAACUGGCCCUCUCUCUUUCCACGACGAAUACUGUCACACACCUGAAGCAGGUCUGCUUCUUCUUCUUCUAUCUUCAUAUCAAACCCACUGGGACUGGACUGAAGGGGGUGUGAGCUCACACUGAGGGGGAGGGAGGGAGGGUCUGUGUCUCUGCUGUCAAUUGGCCCCUCACUCACUGUAUCAGCCUCAUGUCAGGCCGCAGGGUGGGCUUCUGUCUCAGUGACAAGAAACGAAGGAGGAUUAACCUGAAUGCAUUUAGAGAUUUCUGUGGGGACCAUGGAGUGGAAGUGGUGGAGAUCGACCUCACUCAGCCGCUGAUACCCCAGGGACCCUUCAAUGUCAUCGUUCACAAGCUGUCUGAUGUCAUCGUGGAGGCUGAGCACGACAGCAGAUCACAGCAGCUGCUCGCCAACUUCCAGAGCUAUGUGUCCACUCAUCCUGGUACCGUCCUCCUGGACCCCCUGCCUGCGAUGACCAAGCUCCUGGACAGAUUUGUGUCUUACAGGAUCAUGAGCCAGCUGCACAACUCCCUCCGAGACUGGCAUAUCUGCAGCCCCCCUUACCUAGAGGUCCCCAGUGCCGCUGACUUGUCGACUAUCAAGCAGUGUGUGAUGUCUCAGGGCCUCAGCUUUCCCCUCAUCUGCAAAACCAGAGUGGCACAUGGCUCACCAUCCCAUGAUAUGUCUCUGAUCUUCAGUGCCGGCAGUCUGGCUGAUAUCCAUUCUCCCUGUGUGCUCCAGAGCUUCGUCAACCACGGAGCGGUUCUGCACAAGGUCUUCGUUGUGGGAGACAAACACUUCUGCGUAGAGAGACCCUCCCUCAAGAACUUCACCCCAGGUCCCUGUGACAGGAAAACCAUCUUCUUCAACAGCCACCAGGUGUCCAAGCCAGAGUCCAGCUCUGAUCUGACAGCACUGGACGAGCAGAUGCCGUGCCUUCCUCCUCUCAGCUCCCAGGCCGUGGCCGCGCUGGUCAGAGAGCUCCAGGUUCAGCUGGGCAUGGCCCUGUUCGGCGUGGACGUCAUCAUCAACAUACACACACACACCCUGACUGUCAUCGACAUCAACAUCUUCCCAGGGUACGAGGGAGUGCCACAGUUUUUCUCCUCCCUGCUCAGCCACAUCAAGACAGUGUUAGACGAACAGAACUCCGCCCCUCCCCGGGCCACCAGCUCUCCUCAGACAACACACACUGCAGGUGGUCCGUCCGCCGGCACUUAAGUUGCCUCGGGAGCAGAUGUGACUGAUGACUUGCUUUGAACCAAAUCAGCUGUUUCGAAGACUUUGCUUCAUUAUUUAUUUACAAUGUGUAACAGAGCUUGAUUUGACUCUGUGUCCCCUGUAAACAACAGUAAUGAUUCCAGAGAUUCAAGUCGAUCAACCAAACCGACACUGACACUGACACAUACUGGUUUAUACCACUUUCUGUUUAUUGAUAGACAGUAAGCAUAGAAGUAGAUACAGCAGGCACAAAAUACAGCACUCUGAUUGGCCAGUAAUAUUACAAAUGGUGUUUUUGUUAUAAUACAUUUUUUCCUGUCUCUAGAAAUCUCCUCUAUGCCCAGUAUAUAUCAGACCCCACCCACAGACAUUUCCUAUAUCUCUCCUGCUUGUUUGUGAGAUACAUUUUAGUGGAAAUACAUUUAGCAAUUCUCUAUAAAAAGAACACUACAGUACAUUCAUUUUUCAUUUAUUCCCAUGUGAACAAACAUCUCGUCUCCUCUUUGGAAUAGACAGCAGUGAGCUCAACAGUGCUGAAUGAUUAUUGUUCCUUAUGACUAUGUGUUUACACAAGUUGGCCGGCAACUUUGCCAGCAUUUAAAUACAUAAAUGUUUUUUAAAUCUUGGCUGUGUAGAAAAAAGAGAGAGAGUAUAUUUGCUAGAUGAGUACUGCAUGAUGCACUUUGAGUACAUAAUAAAAUACAUGAAUUACUUGAAUAA